ACAAUUCAUGAACACAUGGUCAAAAGAUACGCCUUUUGCCCUUUUCACUUUGCACUUACGACUUGUAAUUAUAGGAAGUGACGUGCCUCAGCAAAAUUGCGACAAUAUGGAGGUUGCAUGCUGGAUUUUGUUUGGUUAUUAGUGUUAAGACGGAAACUUGACUAUUACAUUAAAAAGAGGCUAGGUAUACUAAUAUGUACCUUUGGGAACACUUCAAUACUUUGCUAACAAUAACUAAGAGAAACGAUGAUGGAUCGAAGAACAAAACACAAAUUGCAAUGUUAUUAACAGAUUAAUAAGGUUGAUUAAUUAGAUUGAAAGCUUUUCAGUAGGCGGAGCCUCACAACUAUCACAUAAAUGGAUCAUCGUAGGUAAUUAGGGAUGGACAGAGUAACAUGUGCUAAAAUAAAAUCCAAAAUGACAAGCGAAUUAAAGAGAGCACCUGGCCAUAAAGAAAAACAAGAACUCCAUUCCAUUAAAGUGGCUUUGCUACAAUCAGACGUUAGAUCAAAUAUGCAUACAAGUAUGGAAAACACCAAUCGUAACAUCCCAAGACCUAAUGUAAACGAUGUUGACACAAGGGACCCAACAGUCACGAAUGACACUGCACAAAACAUUAUCAAACCUGACCGGCUUCGCUUGGCUAAAGACCAUUUGCAAUUGCACGCCAGGUUUCAUAAAUAUAAAG